AUGGCCUCCAAGAAAAUCAUCACCGUCUUUGGCGCCACUGGCAAGCAGGGCGGCUCUAUCGUUCGCACGUUCCUGAACGACCCCAAGCUGAAGGAUGCUUGGGCCGUCCGAGGAGUCUCUCGAAGCGUGGAAGGCGAUGGAGCCAAGAAGCUCGCUGCUCAGGGGGUCGAGGUGGUUGCUGCCGACCUUGACGACAAGCCGUCCUUGGUCAAAGCGAUGACUGGGGCUUCGGCCGUAUUCACCAUGACCAACUAUUGGGAGAAGAUGGAUAUGCAGCUCGAGAUCCAGCAGGGCAAGAAUCUUGCCGACGCUGCCGAGGAGACCGGGGUCAACCACUUCAUCUGGAGCUCUCUGCUCAACAUCACCAAGCUCACCAACGGCAAGCUGCCCCACGUGUAUCACUUCGACAGCAAGGCCAUAGUCGAAGACUACGUUCGCGAACUGGGCGUCCCUGCCACAUUCUUCAUGCCUGGGCUAUUUAUGUCCAACCUGCCCGGCGGCAUGAUGCGGCAGCUACCGCCCAACAACGCGUGGACGCUCGCGCUGCCGGUGCCCGAGGACGCGGCGUUCCCGCUGUUCGACCCGCCCGAGGACGCGGGCAAGUGGGUCAAGGCGAUUGUGCUGAAGCGCGACGAGCUGCUGGGCAAGCAGGUGUACGCCGCGACGGCGUACAUGACGCCCCUGGAGAUCAUCGAGGGGUUCAAGAAUGCGUUCCCCGAGGCGGGCGCGACGGCCACGUUCUUCAGGACGUCGCACGAGCAGUUCCUCGACGCCAUGACGGGCACCGGCAUGCCUGAGUUUGCGGCCGUCGAGAUGCUGGAGAACCUGAGGCUGCUGGCUGAGGGCGGCUACUUUGGCGGGAAGGAGCUGUCGCUGGAUAUUUUGGAAGAGAAGCCGACGACCUGGGAGGAGCACCUGAAGAAGAACCCGGCUACCAAGGACUUGAAGUAG